CAACCAUAAAUCUAUAUUCCACAUUUUAAAACCCUGCACGUACUGUUUCUAGCUUCCAUAUGAAGGUCUGAGCUCUUGCCCAGCUGGACAAAGUUGGAAGGUUCAAAGUUUGAAUACACAAGUUUACAAGGAAUCCUUGAAGAAGCAGCUUGAGCGCAUCAAAGCUGGCACUACCAACGUGGCAUGUUGCACCAUGUCGUCAGGGAUGAAUUUGCGCAUUAUCUUGGGCUCUGCAUCACGGACCAGGCAAGCCAUCUUGAAAGAGAUGGGCUAUGCGUUUGAGGUGGAGACAGCGGACAUUGAUGAGAAAGCCAUACGGAAGAGCAACGCGCAGGAGCUGGUGAUGGCUUUAGCUCAUGCCAAGGCUGACGCCCUCCUUGCACGCUUGAAGGUCCCCCCGCCAUCUGAUGAUGAGCAGGUUUUACUUAUUACUGCAGACCAGGUUGUAGUUCAUGAGGGACAAAUCCGAGAAAAGCCGGAAAGUGCUGAGGAGGCGAGGCUUUUCAUUGAAGGCUACGGCCGCUCGCCCGCGAGCACGGUUGGGUCAGUUCUCGUCACCAAUUUGCGCACGCAGAAGCGAUACGGCGGAUUCGACUCCACUGAGAUCUACUUCCACAAAAUACCGCAGGAGGUCGUAGAAAGUCUGAUCAAGGAGGGCUCGGUCUACUAUGCGGCUGGUGGUUUGAUGAUUGAAAACCCGCUCGUAUCGCCCCUCGUCGAAUCAGUGGUUGGGACCAUUGAUAGUGUCAUGGGCCUGCCAAAGGCCCUAACAAGAAGACUGAUAGAGGAAGCGCUGGAGGGCAGCUGAGACCUAAGCGUUACUUCCAACUGAGUCUUGAGUUAUGGAGCAACCUUCUGAGUUUGUAUCUGACGCUGAUCUCCCGGCAUAGAGACCUUUGCCAGAUCUGUGAGUUGUGGCCCGCGAGUUGUCCCCUGUCAGGAGAAGAGGUGGACUCAUGCACGAGUUAGAUCACUUUCACGUAAGUCGGGCCAUUUUGUCCGACAGUCCGUGACAAGGACAUAUUUGAUGAUACAUCCAAAUUCUGCAGGACUUUCUAGAU